UAUGCGGGAUCCGGGUCUCCGGAACAUCUGCGGCGCCUUUGCAAAUAAUGCCUCUUAAAAAGAGCUUCAUUUACAUCUGUCUUGUCACUUUCAACGAUCCCCUGCACUGUCAUCUUCUCCACCUCUUUCCGUCAUUCUUUUCUUCCAGAUCUGCAGUUUUUUGAGUAGUCUGUGAGCUAGUAACACGCAGUGUGUGUGUGUGUGUGUGUGUUGCACUGUGGGUAUUCUAGAUCUAGUGGCUUGUCGGUGUUUGGCUUAGAUAUUAGGGUGUCCAGGUGUUGGGAAUCUACGGUUGCUGCCUACAUUGUAACAAUGGCUCCGGGGAUGUUGAGUACGCAAGGGGAGGAGUCUGUGGAGAUGGGAUUUGGAAGGAACCGACAGUCGCUGGAGACGUGGAGUCGCAUAUCGAACCUUCGCCCGGUGCGCACUUCGUUACCUGGGAAUGCUUGUAAGAAGCCUAAAGAUUUUUCGGCUGUAAAGAAGCUGACAUUGGAUGGUUCCCUGUCGGUGGAGGAGGAUGCGAUGAAGGGGUCGGGUUGUGAGACGCCCAAGUCAAACGAGCACAGAAUACCUUAUGUGAAUGUGGACUUCUGCCCUCCCGCACCGAAGAAGCCGCGCGGGAGGAGUCGGCUGGCGCUGGCAUGCGCUCUUGAAUCCCAAGACGCUAGCAUGGGCCAGGACUUGAGCCUGGCACCAUGCUACUUGUUCUGAAUCCUCUCCAUUGGGCGGAACACUCGGACUAGCGAGAUCGCAGAUCAUAUCUGCAACUAUGGACUCUUUUGAGAGAGAGAGAGAGUAGAGUGGUAGGAUGUGUUGUUGACCCCAUGACCUCCUACAUUUAGGGACAUUUUUCUGCUACCUUAGCAUAUUCAUGAGCAAGUUACGCGACCGUAGGUGCACCGAAUAGCUCGUUCAGUGCGUAUUAUUUAUCCUCAACAUUGUUUACAGAAUUACUCGUUCUGUGAUACACUCGUAGUGGUGGAGAUUGAGGAAGAUGUGGCUCCUAGCGCCCGAAUACGCGGUGCCUUGAUUUUUAUUCUAGUCCAUAUGUUUGUUUAAUGCCACCAAGGUUAGAGUAGACAGUUUCUCAUUCAACGGGGUCUUCCUUAGCAGAAGGCUUAUCCGUUUUUUGAGUUCGUGAAUGGUGUGCGUUCAUAUGCUAUAAUCUUGUUUCUAUUGUCGCCCGUGACACUGGAGAUUCAACACAGCCUGAGCAUGAAUCGGAAACGUGUGGCAGGCGUAAGGAACGUCUUCAAUGAUCUUCAUUUCUAGCCUCGUAAUAUUCGCAUGAGUAGAGAUCGUUGCAGGGCGUUGAGUAUGCAAGGAUGAUCCAGUAGGCAAAAUAGACCGAUUUUACAAAUAGUGUUGUGGCACUACUAUUUAAUACAAGAAACGGAAUUGUGCGUUCCUGGAUCUCGCUCCAUUAUCUCGAGUU